UGAUUAGGUGAAAUUUUCAUGGGCAAGAAGUAAGAAAAAUAAGACGUUUGAUACUUAGAUAACAGUAGAUUAUUAAUUUAAACAUUGUAAUUUAACCUGAUUUAAUUAGAUGUCACGUGCAUGAUUCACUUGCCCUUCCCUUGCCGCUUUUCAAAUUUACCCAGAAUUACCUAGUGCUCGGCAAAAUUAAAGACCUUCAGCCUCGAAAAGAGCCUUGUCAGGCUACGAAGCCUUACACAAUAACAUCUUCCAUCAAUACUUCUCAAAAUCUCUCAAUCAAUCAUCCUGACUUUGAGAUAAUCAGAAAGUGCUUUGCUCCUAAUCUAUCGCCUGUUCCCGUAUCUUUGACAGCAGUCGAUAUCGCAUUGUGCGACGAUCAGAUGGAGCCUUCUAGCAAAAAACGACGUCUCGCACCCAAAGUUGCCGAGCAAUCUACUCAAGAACAGGUGAACAAUUCAUCACAGUGCAUCUGAUAUAUCCUACUAACGGCCAAUUCAGUCAUCCCAAGGUAGAUACGAUUAUAAAGCUAUGCCGAAUCUACAAGAGCCCGCACCUUCGAACGAGCGGAGUGACUUCGAGUCUUUCGCCCGUCACUUACAAGAUGCAGCCAUGCUUAUCUAUGCGCAAGCAAAUCGAUCUCCAUACAAGGGUGUUACAGUACUUCUGUUGAGAUGGGAGGAAGAUUUGAGUGUCGAGCAAGAUCUUUUGCUCUUGCAGAAGGUUUUCCAAGAACGCUUCAAUUUUCAUACAGAGUCCUGGAACAUUCCUAGCGGCCCAAAUCCUAACAUUAAACUUGUGAAGCAACUUGCACAUCAUAUUGAGUUGACUGCGCCUAAUAAUCUUUUAAUUGUCUACUAUGCAGGUUAUGGGUUUGUGGGCUCGGAUCAUCAAUUAUAUUGGGCCUGGUAAGAUUUAGAGCUUAUCGAGCCUUGUGACUUAUCGCUGAUGCGCAAUAGCAAUUCGCACGAAGAGGCACCAAAAUUUAAAUGGGAAGGUAUCAAAUAUUUACUCGAGGACGCUCAACCUGAUGUUUUACUCUUACUUGACUCAUGCGCUACUACGGAUUCAUCCGUUGCAGGAAGCCAAGGCAUUAAACAGGGGAUUGCUGCAUACAGUCCAGAUCAGGCUACACGUGAACCAGGAACACGAUCAUUUACAUAUCACUUGUCGGAAGCUCUUAAUAAACUUGGUACUGGCCGUCCUUUCAGUACGCAGCGGCUCCACGAGGAGAUCAUUUCACAAAAGCACAAUGGAUUUCUUGCACACACUGGACUUACAAAUGGAGCAGGGAAGGCAGCUUCGACCAACGAGCGAAUGCCAGUAUCUUUCUCAUUAACCCCUGGAUCAUUGCAAAGCAUUUCACUAUCCCCUCUAAGCCAGGCUCCAAGACCAAGUACGUCAAUGGGAUCGGUAGGAGGUUCUCCGGAAAAUAAUGCUCAAGGAUCAAACGCCGAUGAACCAAUCAAGGCCAACUCAAAUUCUGACCUGACUUUUGAAGAAGUUAGAGCAUUGGUUUGCACAACUUUUGUUGGAGAACCCAGUCAAGAUAUGGCAUCUUUCAAGCAGUGGCUUCACAAUACUCCCUUGGCAGCAUCAAAAAUUGCUGUUGAAGGCAUGUUUCACGGACCGCCUACCAUUCUCCUUGUUUCUAUGCCCAUUGCAGUGUGGAACGUUCUAGCUGCAGAAGGAAUUUGUUUGUUCUUGGGAUACAUAAAUUCUCACAACAUGACGACGGAUUAUCAACAUUUGAUUGGAGCAAUUUCCCCUGUCAACAAAGCAGCAACUUCCAAGGAAUUGGAAGAUGGUAAAAUUCUACUUGAAGCUCGUGAGGCUGCUGCAUCUACACCUCUGAUGACUAGACAUGAAUCAGUUCAACUAGAGCCAACUAGACAACAAGAAGUUAUUCAACAAACUCCUUCUCGACAGGAACCUUUAAGACAAGAUCCGAUCACUUCCACUCCUCAAUCAAUUCCUCAAGUAUUAUAUCCUGAUACUAGUAUACCAAAUCUCCCAGAGCAUACAGAUGACGUUGAGACGUCUGUCGAGAUGCAUGAGGCAGCUGAACAACUUAAGGCUUUAAGUCAUGUCCGACAUGUUAGUCAUGAUCAUCUAACUCCAAAUGACAGAAAUCACUCUCACAUAACAGCCGAAGAUUCCCCAGGCCUCAGAAGUGGUCGAGAAGAAUCAGCAUCAUCACAGGAGCAAGGUGAAUCUGGUGGAGAGGAUCAAAUGUACAACUCUGAAAUUAAUUCACCUGCUUCCAGACCUAAGCCCCGGAGGUCGUCACAAAAGCAAGGUCCUAAGCAAGAUACCCGAUGUUCAAUGUGCAGCCAUGCACCGUUCAAAGAUUCCUCUUCCUUGCGAAAACAUAUUGCUGCAGCACACACAAGACCAUUCCCAUGCGCUUUCUCCUUUGCUGGAUGUGCAAGCACUUUCGGCUCUAAAAAUGAAUGGAAGCGUCACAUCGCUUCUCAACAUCUUUGCUUGACAUAUUAUCGCUGCUCUUCUUGUCCUCAAAGCACUGUUGAAGGCAAAGGCAAUGAAUUCAACCGCAAAGAUCUCUUUACUCAACAUCUCCGACGUAUGCAUGCACCUUUUGCAAUCAAGAAAGCUCUUGCUAAAGGCGACUCUAAACUGCAACUUGAGUGGGAAACCCAUGUUAAGGAAAUGCAAGCUUCGUGUUUAGUGACCAGAAGACAGCCACCUCAAAGGUCCGCAUGCCCGAAACCAGAUUGCUCAAAUGUGUUUGAGGGCGCGGGUAGUUGGGAUGACUGGACUGAACAUGUAGGUAGGCAUAUGGAGAAAGGGGAAGCAAAUAGAUUGGGUGUUGAUAAGCAUUUGGCGAGAUGGGCGCUUGAUGAAGCCAUUAUUGAACCCAAGGGAGAUGGAUCUAAUGAAUACAGGUUAUGUGGUACAGAGCGAGAAGGCAGUGGUGUGAUAACUGGUAAUGGAAAUACAAGCGGCUAUUAUUCGGAUGGCGGAAAGAAGGAAAUGGACAACUCCAAAGAUGGGCUUGAGAGCCUAAUGGGCUUGACAGGUGAUAGUAUGGUCAUUGACGGUUGACGAAUUUACCAUGGUGAAUUGGCCGAGAUAUGAGGGUAUUUUGAGACGAGAAGCAAGAAACAAAAGGGUCAUUUUCAAAUUACGCGUUCUUGGGAUAGUUUUCUACGUUAUCGUUGUGUGAUAUCAAAUCAAAGUUUUGGGUGGUUGCUUUUGUUUGGUUAGCAUCGUGUGUUAGCAUUGUGUUGCUCUGGCUCUAAGUCUCGCU